AUGCCUGAACCUGCCCCCCGGACGGCUCAGGAUGAGCGUGAAGAGACUGGCUUCCAGACAAUUAUCAGGAUUGGCCAGGCAACUACCAAAUUCCUUUCGAGUAAUCCUGCGAAUACACCUCCGACUGCACCUACUGUUGUGGAUUCGAAUGGGCAACAUAUCCCACCGACUACUCCUGUUGAUCCAUCGUCGCUUCCACCUACUACUAUAACUCCAUAUUGGCCUCUUGGUUUAAGCCUCGAUAUGCACGUAUAUUUUUCGACUUCAUCUACGCCCGACGUAUUCUCGAAAUGGACCUCAGAACACCGAACAGACAAAGACCACAACCUACCUCAUUUUGUAUGGAAUAAUAUCACCUAUGGAGACUAUAAUGAUCAUCGAGUAAUUGAUUUCGAUGUCAAAUUUCCCGAGUCGGUUUUGAGGAAUGGCUCAUUGUGGGCGGACAUUGUUCUGACCAGAGAUGGCGCGAGUAUAGACCCACGGAGUCCAAAGUUUGACCCUGAACGCGUGCACCAUGUUCGAAAGCUAUUGACGCCCUAUCUACCUCGGCAGAAAGUCCGCAAAGAAAAGAACUUGUUGAGUUCUGAUGAUAACAUUGAGGUAGAAGUAGAAGAGCCUGAUGUGAUUGCUCCCCACUGGCACCAAAAUAUUACUUUAGCACUAAUAUCAGAUGCAGCUGAAGUUCCAUUCGGAAAACUUCCUCCUCCUGUUGCGGAACAUAUCCACCUGAUUCCUGACAAGAGGGACUCCACCGGAACAAAGGCUUUCUACAGGCCCAUUAUAUUCCCAAAUGAAUUUUGGCAUCUUCGAUCCCACUACGUUCAAAUAAAUGAAACCACACCAUCGCUUCCAGUCCGAAUUACAUACCAACCUAUGUCAUACAUGAAGUUCCAGAUAUUUGCCUCUAUGACGCAUGGGUUUAAUGAAGCGGCCAAACAACAAGGCCAGGCUUCUGGUGCCGAACUCGAUGAGGUCAAGAGGAUGCUUUUGGAGACAAACCCAUGGUUCUUGGCAUUAACCGGUCUCGUCAGCCUUUUGCAUGUCGUGUUUGAAAUGCUGGCUUUCAAGUCGGACGUUACUCAUUGGCGCGCAAAGAAAGAAAUGGUCGGUGUCUCUGUACGCCUCGUACAGAUUGUCACCAAUGUAUUCGUGCAACUCGUCAUACUAUUAUAUCUCAUUGACAACAAUGAGAAUACGAGCUGGAUGAUUCUCAUGGGCUCCGGAAUGGGUGUCAUAAUAGAGGCAUGGAAGAUCACGAAAGCCGUGGAUAUCAAAGUUAUUCCCAGCACAGCAGGGUCCCUUCUGCCCUAUAAAUUGGAAAUCACAGACAAGCACGUUCUGAGCGAGGACGAAAAGAAAACACAGGAGUAUGACCGAUUGGCGUUCCGCUAUGUGUCCUACGUGGCGAUACCCCUGCUUGCGGGAUACACUGUCUAUUCACUUGUGUACGAGUCUCACAGGGGAUGGUACAGUUUCGUAAUAUCGACUCUGACCUCAUUUGUGUAUAUGUUUGGCUUCGCCCAGUUGAUCCCCCAAUUAAUCAUUAACUAUAAACUCAAGAGUGUGGCGCACAUGCCUAUGAAGGCAAUGGUUUUGCAUCAAGAUGCCAUUCCUGCAUCGUUUGGCCUGUUUCCGCCGCUGACAGAUCACACACAGCGUUGGAUAUAUCGUAUUGACCCGAAUCGAGUAAACGAAUACGGACAGGUUCUAGCUGCAGAUGUUGCCGCUGUUGACGGCGAGGAGAUGGAGAGCAAAAAGAAUAAGUAG